ACCAAUUGCAGAAUGCCAAGGUACAGACCAUCAUGUUCUUCGUCAUCUUCUAUGUUGAGGAACUACCGCAUUAAACGACCAGUUCUGGUGGCAAAGAGGAGAAGAUCAACUACUCCAGUUUCCUCGUGGAGAGUGAACGAUAGACCUUCAUGUCUUACACCAAGCAUUACUGAAACAUCUUGGUAUCGGUCAUUGGAAGGUACUGCCAGGGAUACUCAAGCGACAGUGUCAGCUCGGAAACUAGCAAAUGCUUUUCAUGCAUUGAGUUUCAUUUCUUCACCAAUAACUGACAAGAACCAACGUGAAAGGGCCUUCCCUUCUAAUAUGAAGAUAAGAAAUCACCAAUCAAAGUUCAACCCUUCACGUAGCCCAAUCACAGAAGUAGGUGAUCAUGGAUCGAGGAAUUACAAUAGAAUAUGCAAAGAGGCAAGUGAGGCAAACCCCAUGGAGCUUCAAAGAUGUUUCCCAGGAAUCGUUUCAGGAAGCAAGAAGUGUUUGAAGGACCUGCGAAGUUUUUUGGUGUCAUCGAAAAAGCUGCUCAAGAUGUUGAUACGUUUUGGUGGAAUCGACAAGCAGCUAUCACCAGUAGUUUCUCUCGCUACAGCGGUUUCUUGUAAGCUAGACCAGGCCCUCGUCCAGGUGGAUCAGUUUGUCCUUGAAAAGAAUUCUGCUAACGAUGAAAUCAGAUAUCUCUUGAAAGAGCACGCAACAAGGAGGCACAAAGAACAGGAAAGAGUAAGAACUCCACUCAAAUCCGUGAUUGACGAGCUUGAGCUAGAAAAGAAGUUGAGAAGAGUUGAGCGGAUGAACAAGAGGCUCGAAGUUGAAUUAAUGCAAACGAAGACCUUACUAGCAAAAACAGUUCAAGAACUCAAGAAUGAGCGGAAAACAAAAGAAAUAUUUGAAACUAGUUACGAAAUAUUAAAGCGAGUCGUCGAGGAUAAGAAUCACGUAGAAAAACUGAAGAAAGAGUCUGCCGAGGCACUAGAGUUGGGGGAGAAGGAAAUGCUUCAGCCUGCAGCUGAAUGGCGUGAAGAAAAAGUUCAUAUGAAGUUAUCUGAAGCAAAAUGCCAAUUUGAGCAGAAAAAUUCAGCUGUAAAUCGAUUGAGAUAUGAGCCUGAAGCAUUUCUUGCAGCCAAAGGGAAGGAGAAACUUGCAAGUGUGCAAACUGAUGUUGCAAAUUAUAAGGAAAACGAUUGCCACAGAAUCACCAAUAGAAGCGAUAUUGAUGAAGAAGACGGCCGAGAACAUAACAAUGGGACUGAAUCAGAAGUUAGUGGUUCGCAUUCCACCGAACUCGAUAUUAACAGUAGCUAUAACCGGAGCAAUGCUUGGGUAGCUGAUAAAGGUGAAGAUAGAAGUGCUCUAACAAACGAAAAGAACAAAUUGAUAGACAAAAACUUCACAGGAAACUCAAGGGCUUUAGGACCGAGGAACAAAAUCUCAGAUGGAUACUGGAUUGCUCUACCCCACGGGCUAUUGAACUCAACAAGACAAAAUCAAGCUCAACAAGAUCCGCUUAUUAACCAAGUUUGUGCAGGAUCUAAGGUCGCCGGCAUGGUUGGAAGCAUUAGGGAAGGCGGAUCGAAGGCAAGUUUCGUUAGGAAGGACAAAGUUCACUCCUAGUUGCAGA